AUGGAGAAUACUUACCAGAACAGGAAUGAUCUGAUGAAUGAGAUUCUGGUGAAGAUCUUUCUAUGCCUCAACGUUGUGGACGUUGCAGUUGCCUCCCUGGUUUGCAAAGCCUGGAACAAAGCUUGUCAUGACCCGUCUCUUUGGGGCAAGAUUGAUCUAUCCACACUCGGCUCUUACUGUUUCAAGAAACUCAACAGAAUUGGAGCUUAUCGGCACACAAGUUUGAAAAUGACUCAGUUCUUGAAACAUAUUCUUAGUCUGAGCGAUGGAAAUACAACCUGCUUUAUAUUCAACUUUUAUGUUUAUUUAACGAACGAGCAGUUCUUCAUUGUGGCAGAAAGGACCCCAAAACUGAAACGAGUUGUGCUACCACAAACGGGUGAUUUCUCAAGAGCAGGACUGGACAUCGUAAUGAAGUCAUGGAGUUGUCUUGAAUCCAUUACCAUUACCUCCGGUGUCUCGGCUUUUUACUUAUUGCAAUCAAUUGGCAAAUACUGCAACAACAUCACAGAGAUGAAAUUUUCUCGGGGUUGCAACUUUGAAGAAAAGCAUGCUUUGGCCAUGACUAAGUACACCCCGAAGUUAAAGAUGUUGAGCAUUCGGACCGUAGCCACGAGCUUGAAAGCUUUGACCUGUGCGCUCGAUUCCUUGGAACAUUUGGAGAAGCUGAAUAUAUGCCAUUGUGUGAUUAUGGAUACAACACUGCCUGGAACCUAUAUGUUAGAUAUUGAGGAUUUGCGACACCGUUUGGACCCCUCGAGUGUGAAAAAGCUGUUGUACUGUAAUGAAAGAUCGUGCUUGAGGUGCAUCAAUGGUGAUGACACUAAUCCUGACAGGCAACCAGGUGGACCCUUAGAGGAUAUCUGGGGGGAGGAUGAGAUAACCUCUCUUGCACAUUUGCCUCCACCUUCAGAGACUUAUCGUCGCACACAUCCAAGAAUGCAUUCGUUUAUGGUUAGAAUUUGGAAGAGUUUUUCAAGUGGUUCUGGUCCAAGCUUCCUACCAUCAUGA